GUGCCCGCCUCGCGGAGCUUGGUUAGGAUGGAUGCAGGUCGCUUCCUUCUGCGUCGACUCCGAGCGACCUUCCGCUCCCUGGCUCUGAACGCGCUCAUGGACGCGCCACGCGCCAGGGCCAUGCAUGACGGGGGCGGCCCCCGAAGGCUCGCCAUCGAAGGCAACAUCGCUGUGGGCAAAUCCACCUUUGUGAAGUUACUCACGAAUACUCACCCAGAGUGGCAGGUGGCUACAGAACCUGUAGCGACAUGGCAGAAUGUCCAAGCUGCUGGCACCCAAAAAGACACUUCCAAAGGUCUUGGGAACUUGCUACAAAUGAUGUACCGAGAGCCAGCGCGAUGGUCCUACACAUUCCAGACGCUCUCCUUUUUGAGCCGUCUGAAAGUGCAGCUGGAGUCUCCCCCAGGGAGACUCCUGCAGGCAGAGAAGUCCGUGCGAGUCUUUGAGAGGUCUGUGUACAGUGACAGGUAUAUCUUUGCAAAGAACCUUUUUGAAAAUGGUUCCCUCAGUGACAUCGAAUGGCACAUCUAUCAGGACUGGCAUUCUUUUCUCCUGCAGGAGUUUGCGGAGCGGCUCUUGUUACAUGGCUUCAUCUACCUCCAGGCUUCUCCCCAGGUUUGUUUGGAAAGACUGUACCAGAGGGCCAGAGAAGAAGAGAAGGGCAUUGAGCUGGCCUAUCUUGAACAGCUGCAUGGUCAGCACGAAGACUGGUUUAUUAAGAAGACUACCAAGCUCCACUUCGAAGCUCUGCAACAUGUGCCAGUGCUGGUGCUGGACGUCAGUGAUGACUUCUCUGAGAACGCUGCCAAGCAGGAGGAGCUCAUGAGCCAGGUCAACACCUUUAUGAGGAACCUGUAAGCGGUAAUUGAGACGUCUUGGCUCUGGUCUGGUUCCAUCUUUCUGAAGCUAGCAAAUGUUGAUCUUCCAUCCAUCUUGUAUGCACAUCCCCUGGGCCCCUCAAGCAUCCCCAGACCCCACACACUCGGGUGUAUGCCCUCUUUAUACUGCUGGUUUUUUGUUGUUUUGUUUUUGUUUUUUAAUCUCAAGCACUUUAAAAAUAAAGCCAACUUAAGUUUGUUUCUCUAA